GCUGCUCGCCCACCCCCUCAGGCCCCCCCCUCUCCUGUCACUCCCGGUACCUCCGCAGCGUCCAGACCCCCUUUGGCCCCGCCCCUGCCAGCUCCUCCCACUCCAGGCACCGCCCGUCUUUUCCGGUCAGGCCCCUUGAAUGGCGGCCGCGCGCUGCCUUGCUUCCAGGGCUCAGGCUCCUGCUUAGCCGCGGCCUGGCCCCUGGCUAUGCCCAGCCAUGCCGCCACGGCCGGCCCGCGCAAUUAUCGCCGACAUGCGGAGUUAGGAGCGGCUCCCCACGUCCGCAGCUGGGAGAGCGGGGCCGGGGUGUUGGCGGGGGACGGAGAGGAGCCCGAGGAGGAGGACGAGGAGGGAGAGCUGCUGAGCCCGGAACCGCUGCAGCCCAGCGAGUGUGUGUCCUGCAUCCUGACGUCAGGGGCCCGGAGGGACCGUAGGCGGAACACAGAGUGUCAGGUGGCGAGGCCGCCUCGCUGGUGCGCGCAUUGCAAGGCUGGUCGGUUGUGCGGACCCUGGUGGUGCACAUGUGGGUUCCCAGAUCGCAAGUUUGUCUUUGGCAAGGGAAACUUCCUAGCUGACGGACCCUCCCCUACUCCUCGGAGAAGACUAAGGAAUCUGUGGACAUCAUGUGUGUGUUUCUGAACGUGGAGAGGAUGACAGCUCUGACCAAGAAGACCCUGCAGACUACCUGGGGUGUCCAUGUGUUGGACAGGUUCACUAUCGUCCUGCACAUUUUCCACUAUAAUGCCCACACCAGGAAGGCCUGGCUGCAGCUGGCGCUGGUGGAGAUCCCCCUGCUCUGGCGGUCACCCCUGCUCUGGUCUACCCUGAGCAGCGGUUCUGCCCGACUGGAUCAGCAAGGAAGGGGCUUAUGGUACAUCAUGGGGUCAGGAGAGUCAUCCACAGAGCUGUGCCAACAGGCACUGAAAGAGGAGGCAAAGCGGAGUGUGCUGAGGAAGUAGCGCUUGCAGCACAAGUUCCCCAUUGUGUCUGUCGUCUGCUACACCAACUGCGGGAAAACCACACUCAUCAAAGCCCUGACUGGGGAGGCCACCAUGCAACUGUGUGACCAUCUGUUCACACUUGUCACAGCACACGCGGGGUUGCUGCCCUCGUGCAUGCCCAUCAUGUAUGGCUUUCUGUCACAGCUGCCACACAGCCUGAUCCAGUCUUUCACCGUGCUGGAGGACGUGGUCCAUUUGGAUGUUAUCCUGCAUUUGAGGGACAUGAGCUACCCCAACAUGGAGCAACAGAGGCCAGAGUCUUGUCUACACUACAGCUGUGGUGUAGACAAGACACUCUUGAACUCCAUGUUGGAAGUUCACAACAAGAUGGAUCUGGUUCCUGGGUACAAGCCUCCCAGGUCCCUGCAUCCUGGCCGAGUCUGCACUCCUGGGCCAUGGGCUAGACAAGCUGAAGAUGACGCUGGAGGAGUCCGUUCUGCAGGUCACUGGCUGGCGGGUGCUCACCCUCUGUUUACCGCUUGGGGGAACCCAGCUCUGAUGGUGCUGUCUCCCCACUUGUCAGCACUGCUUCCCAGUCUGCACGAUGCUGAUGUCAACUUGGCUUUCCAAGCCUGCACCACCCUCUGCCCAUCACUACGCACCACGCUAAUAUCAGCACACUUCCUAGAAUGCACCACAGUGGUCUCUCUGCAACUGGCAGUACAAGGAGGCCAAGGUGCAGCAGGUGCAGGAGCUACCCAAGACUGACACCGCCCACAUGACAGUUAUCAUCAGCCAAGCCACCUAUGGCCGGUUUCGGAAGCUGUUUCCUGUGGAUAUAGCUUGUGGCCAUGGUGUUGUCCCGCCACUUUCUCCCUCCCAGCUGUUCCCUGAGUGAAAACCAGGACCAGAUGUGGAUUCAGCUCAUGAGAGGGUGUUUGUGGAUGGCCCCAUGUAGUCCUGCCCCUUCCUCCCAGCUGAUUCCUAAGUGACAACUACAUAGAUGGACUGAGGACCUGAUAUGGGAGGUCAUGGCCUCUCAUAGUCCUGUCCCUUCCUCCCUCUCAGACUGACGGGCAGCUCAUUAAAGCAGGAUUUGCACUUUG